AGUCUUUUUCUUAAUAGAAUUUGGUUUACUUUGUAAUAUUUAAAUAACUGAUCGUAAUUUGUCAUAUAUGAAUAAUUGUUUAACAUGUUUAAGAAAAGUAUUUUCAAUUAUGAAUUCAUCCAUGUCAUACCAUCAAUAUUAUCCAACAACUAUAACAAGUCAUCAAAAGUGCGCUAAGGCACACAGUAUAUGUGUGAAAUAGGCGGACUUUAUUGUCGUUCUCUAAGAUUGUGUUUUUAAAAGUAACACACACUCUUUGUAGGUGUGUAUACGUGUUUAUGUGAAACAUCUACAAUGCAUGUAUAUUUUAAUAAGUAACAUUUUUCCAGUAGUUCCGAAAGAAGACAUAACGCUAGAGUCAAACAUCGUCACGAUACCUGAUGACAGUAUAUAUUCCUUUGCAAAAGAUACAGAAUGCAAUUCACAAUUGGCAAGCGAUCUACGUCGUGCUGAGGAUGAUGAGUGUCGCAUUCAACAACUGGAAGACGACGAUCCAACAUACAGUAGCACCAACGAAACGUUAUCGAAAAGUCAAAGUGCAUCAGCAAGGCCUGACAUCGCAGCGUGUGUCCCUCCUUCAACAUUGAAAGUGGACGGAGAGUAUUCAUACAGUGUGGUUAACAAAUUAGGCAAGAAACCAGACAUUUCAAAACCCCUUGGGACUCCACCUCCACAACUGGCAUCAGAUGACUAUACGUACAGUUUAGUAAACAAGUGUAGGCAAACAGAUGAAAUGACACAUCAGCAGCAGAUAGGCAGUUCCAUCGAUGAUGUCAAGAAGGGCGACAAUGACUAUGAUGAUAUUCUAAACUAUAGAGAAACAACUAUGGAAGGCCCUAAAUGUUAGAACAUGGCACAGUGAAUUAAAAAAUCUAAAUGAACUUAUAUUAUAUUUUCAUAUGUAUAUAUUAGCUGUAAAGCGUACAAAUGCAUAUUGUACACAAACUGUGCAAUGUUUAUGUGUAUUUUGUUUCUUUGUUCAGGCUUUUUUUAUUAAAGAUUUUCCUUCGCUUGACGUUGUUAAAGAUACUGCAUAUCCAAACAUGAAAUAAAUACGUAGAGGAUACACUAGCCUGUACCGUUAUCUCUAGAUACGUCCACCUAUAUAUUUAUCAAUAUUUUGGUUUGAUUAGUUUGCUUUCUCAUUACAAAUAAACUAUACAUGAUAUGAUGUUUAUGGAACUAACAGCUUUUAACGACAACAUACAUGCGUUUAAUUGAAUAAUAAUAAUUAUUUAAUCAUCGUCGUCGUCGUUGUCGUCGUCGUUGUCGUCGUCGUUGUCGUCGUCGUCGUCGUCGUCAACAUCAUCAUUAUCAUCAUCAUCAUCAUCAUCAUCAUCAUCAUCAUCAUCAUCAUCAUCAUCAUCAUCAUCUCAUCAUCAUCAUCAUCAUCAUCAUCAUCAUCAUCAUCAUCAUCAUCAUCAUCAUCAUCAUCAUCAUCAUCAUCACCAACACCAUCAUCAUCAUCUUCAUUUCCAUUUUCUUCUCUUCUUUAUCAUCAUUAUCUUUGUCUUCUUCUUCUUCGUCAGCUUCAUCCUCAGCUUCUAACCAUCUUCAGCUUCCUCUUCAUCUUCAUCACAGUGAAAUGAUACUAGUCGUAUUCGUUACCUUUGUCAUCAGCGUACCCGUAUUUGUAGAUUGUAUUUGGUAUAUAUAUAUAUAUGUGUAUUGUGUGCGUAUUUCAAAUUGAACAUAGUUCUAUUAUGUUGGCAUGUUUUGCAUAGUUUUGCGCAAAAAACGACACGCGUAUAUAUUAUCAGGAAAGCUAUUAUGUACGGUCUUAAUAUGUUAAUAUUUAUUAUAUGUACAGGUAUACAUUCUUUUUCUUUUCUAACUCAUGUGUGUGAAGCUUAAGCUGCAUCUUUUGUUGUUAUACUUGAAGCUGUCUAUUUAAGUCGAUGAAAUGUCUGUGUCUCGUAAUAAACUGACUGCCCUACAAUGGCCGUGCGAGUUAUUGCUUUUUGUGUAUUAUUUAUAUCAACAUGGUUUUUAAUUUUAUUUUGAGUAGAUAAAUGUGCCUUCAUGUGA